UUAGAACAUACACAAUAUUACUAUUCUAAUUAAACGACUGGUUAUUAAGAAGUUAUUAAUAAUAGGAACAUGGCUAAAAGUUUGCGUUCUAAAAGAAGACAAAAGAACAACAGAAUAAGGAGAAAGAAAUUCGGAGAGAGAGAAGUAUUGAAAGCAUGGGAACACUACAAUACAAUACAAGAAAGGAAGAAACUUCCUAAUGGCGUGGUUAGUGGGGAAGACCACACCCAAACUGAAGUUGAAGAGGAAAUGGAAACCAGUGGAGGGAAGGUAUCAAAAAAAGACGUGGCAAAAUGGUCGCUGUCUCGUAAUCAAAAGAAAAAACUGUCCAAGAAAAGAAAACAAUUUAAAAUGAAAAAAAGAAAAUAUUAAAACUAAACAUUAAAACUAUUAUUAUUAUUAUUGAAGAAUCAUUUGAAAGUUUCUAUGGAACAUAAA